AUGCAUCACCACCAACCUUCGUACGGCGGCUAUCCCGGCCAGUCAUACCAUCAGCAGCAACCUCAGCAACCUCAGAACCCCUACGGUUACAGUCAUUCUCCCCAGCCGCCUCAGCAGCCUUACGGAUCUCCCGCCCCGCCUCAAGGCUACAAUCAGGGACCUCCGCCGCCUGGAUAUCAACAACCGCCCACGGGUCAGGCAGUCUAUGGUGAUGGCCGUCAGCCAGGGAACUACGGUCCCUCCUAUGGUGGCAGCGGCCAUCCGGCCCCUCCCCCGACUGCCCCAGUUUCGUUCGGACAUGGCGCUCCCCAGGGUUAUAGCUUCCAGUACUCGCGCUGUACCGGUAAGCGAAAGGCGUUGUUGAUCGGAAUCAACUAUUUCGGCCAGAAGGGUCAACUUCGCGGAUGUAUCAAUGAUGUCAAGAACAUGUCGACCUAUUUGAACCAAAACUUCGGAUACGCGCGUGAGGACAUGGUCAUUUUGACCGACGACCAACAGAACCCUAUGAGCCAACCGACCAAGGCGAACAUUCUCCGCGCCAUGCACUGGUUAGUCAAAGAUGCGCAGCCGAAUGACUCGCUCUUCUUCCACUACUCCGGCCACGGUGGUCAGACACCUGACUUGGAUGGCGACGAAGAUGAUGGAUACGACGAAGUCAUUUACCCGGUGGAUUUCCGGGUUGCUGGUCACAUUGUCGACGACGAGAUGCACCGAAUCAUGGUUCAGUCGCUGCGCCCCGGUGUGCGUCUGACUGCGAUCUUCGACUCUUGUCACUCCGGUUCCGCCCUCGACCUCCCUUACAUCUACUCCACUUCUGGCGUGCUCAAGGAGCCCAACCUGGCCAAGGAGGCCGGCCAAGGACUGCUGGGUGUGGUGUCGGCGUACGCGCGUGGCGAUAUGGGUGGCAUGGUGUCCACCGCCAUGGGAUUCCUGAAGAAGGCCACCAAGGGCGACGAGGCGUACGAGCGUACACUCAAGACCAAGACCAGCCCCGCAGACGUCAUCAUGUGGUCUGGUAGCAAGGACGAUCAAACCAGUCAAGAUGCCCAGAUCGCCGGUCAAGCUACCGGUGCUAUGUCGUGGGCCUUCAUCGCUGCUCUCCGGAAGAACCCUCAGCAGAGUUACGUCCAAUUGCUGAACAGCAUCCGUGACGAGUUGUCAUCCAAGUAUACUCAAAAGCCGCAGUUGAGCUGCAGUCACCCUCUGGGUAAGUUCAUCUCUGCCCAGAGAUGA